GCUUCUUCUUCUUCCUUGUUUAACUUUUCAGUCUGUUCUCAGGAAAGAGGAAAACAGCUGCCUCAAACUAGAGGUAAGCAUUAAAAGCGUCAUUUCGCCGAUGUAAACCGACAUCGGCGAAAUGUCGCUUUUAAUGUUUCUGAUUCUAGUGGGAAUUCAAGGUUCUACCGCAGUGACCCACUCUCUGAAGUAUUUCUACACGGCAUCUUCAGGAAUAGAAAACUUCCCAUCAUACGUCUCUGUUGGGUUUGUGGAUGAAGUUCAGAUAAGUUACUGUGACAGCAGAACAAAUAAAAAUAUCCCUAAACAGGAUUGGAUGAAUCAAGUGAAUUCAGAACAUCCAAAUUACUGGGAGGAGGAAACAGAAACAUGUCGGGAUAAACAGCAAGUCCUCAAAGACAACCUAGAAAUUGCCAAACAACGUUUCAACCAGACUGAAGGAGUUCACAUAUAUCAGCAGAUGUAUGGCUGUGAGUGGGAUGAUGAGACUCAACAGAUCAACGGUUAUGAUCAGUUUGGUUAUGAUGGAGAAGAUUUAAUCACACUGGACUGGAAGAAACAGGAAUGGAUCGCUCCAAAACCACAAGCUAACAUCACCAAAGAGAAGUGGAAUCAUGAUAGAUAUGAUUUAGAAUAUGAGAAGUUCUACUUAACUCAGACAUGUGUUGAGUGGCUGAAGAAAUAUGUGAACUAUGGGAGAAACUCCCUGAUGAAAACAGAUCGUCCAUCAAUGUUUCUCCUCCAGAAGUCGUCCUCCUCUCCAGUCAGCUGCUUCGCUUCAGGUUUCUAUCCUAACAGAGCUGAAAUGUUCUGGAGGAAAGAUGGAGAGGAGAUUCAUGAUGGUGUGGAGAAAGGAGAGAUCAAGCCCAACAAUGACGGGACCUUCCAGAUGAGCGUUAACAUCGAUCUGUCAUCUGUCCCAACUGGAGACUGGAACAAGUAUGAAUGUGUGUUUCAGCUCUCUGGAGUCAAGGAAGACAUCAUCAAUAGACUGGAGGAAACAAGAAUCUUGACCAAUGAAUCAAACACCAAAGAUCUGCCCAUCGCUUUUGUUGUUUUGGCUUUGCUUGUUCUCAUUGUUCUCAUUGGUCUCAUUGGUGGAUGUGGAUUCAUUCUUUACAAGAAGUAUAAAGAUGCUCAAGAUACCAAGUCUUCAACAUCAUCUUUAUCUAGUGGCAAAUCAAACAGUAGCAAGGACAGUCCCUCAUCAGAUGAGUCACUCGUUUAAUGCAAAAGGAGAACCACCAAAUGAGGACUUGGACACUAAUAUCCAAAUGCACCAAAAUCAGUCUUUUUUGGGUAUCUUCAUCUGGUCAAAGCAUCAGUUGUACAUAUUUCUGAAAUGUUUUAGAUCUUUUGGCCUUUGUAUUCAAAUAUUAUUUAUGUCUUUGAAAAAUGACUCUAUCGCUAUUGCUUUUUGAUUUUUAACUGUGACAAGGAAAAUCUUUGCCACAGGAAGGACUUGAUGGUUUUAUUUUAGUUUGAAAAUAUUUGUUUAAAACAUAGUCAGGAUAAAACAUAAUCUGCAUCAUAUAUUAAA